AUGUCAUUAUUUGAAAUAUUAAAAUUAGAUGAUAAAGAACUUCAUUUAAGUCCAAAAGCACUUGAUUAUUUGCCAUUAUUUAACACAAUUUUAGAAUCUGAAGAACAAAACACUGAAGAUGAUGAUCCAAUUAAAGCAAAACUUACUAAACAUCAAUCUUACCAUAUUGAUAUUCAUAUUAUUAAAAAUGUUUCUGAGGUUCCUAAUAAACUGGAUCUAAUAAAGAAAGGCAUUUUUGCCCUAAAUAAGUUUAUAAUAAGAACAUUCUUUCCAUCAUGGGAUGUAUGUGAAACUUUGGGAAUCUUUCCAGCACAAGACAAUUAUCUUGAAAUUGGUCAAAUGAUAUAUAUUGGACCAGGGUUGUACUUAUUUUCACCAUUUAUGGUCCCAAGUCUCACUAUUCCAACUUCUGCUGCUAAUUUGGGAUAUGCAGCUCAACUAAUUCAAACAUUACUAUGCUUGAGACAUAAUAUUAUUAAAAAAAAUGCAAGAGUAUGGAGAAUUGAAAGAAAAGUGCAACAGCUUAUUAUGAAUCAGACUAAUAAGUAUAUCACUGAGGCAAUGUCAGAUGAGGAAGAACUGUGACAUUUAAACAAUUUUUUACUUAAGAUAUCAAAAAGGAGUAACUAGUAAGGAAGGAAGAGUUCAAUAUUUGUAUCCAGAUAUAUAUGUGAUUUCAAAUUAAAUAUAUGUGGUAGUAGAAAGCAUUAAAGAUAAUAGU